AUGCCCAGUAUAAUCGACAUAAGCUUCAAAGUUAACAUCAAUGUCUUACGAGUCUCUGGCCUUUAUCUACCAGACAAAUUCAAGUCCUUAUACCAAGUGUACACCUAUGUCACCUAUUUUUUGCUUGUAAUACCAGUUCCUAUUUUGGAAUGUGUGAAUCUUCUCGUGCAAGAACAGAUCACGUUUAGACAAAUUGCUGAUAACGCAUUUCUAAUCGCAGAACUGGGAUGUUUUAUCCCAAAAUACUGGCCUUUUGUGCGACAUGGAGAACGCCUCAAACGGUGCAUUCAUUAUUUUAGUGCACCAAUUUUUAAAACUGACAAAAAAGAACAUAAGGAAAUUCUAAAAGAUUGUGUCAAAGUUUGUCACUACAGUACAGCAUUCUACUUCGCAUCGGUUACUGCAGGAUUUUGUAGUUGGUCAAUUAGACCAAUUUACUGGCAAAAUCAUAUUUUCCCAACUGACAUUUGGCUGCCAUUUGAUCCUCACACAGCACCAAAACUGCACGUUGCAUGUGUUUACUUUUAUUUAGUUUUAGCUGUAGGAUAUGGUGCUUAUACUAGCGCAGCUAUUGACUCGAUGGUGCCAUGUUUGGCUUAUCAAGCCACAAGUCAGAUUAAAAUACUGAAAAAUAACUUGAAAUAUUUGGGUGAACAAGUAGACGAAGAACUAGCAUCUCAUACACCCAAUUUAGAUCCCUCAAUAAAAGCGAAACUGAUGUACAAAAAAAUCAGACGCUGUGUUAUUCACCACGAACAUAUCUUAGCUUUUGUCAAAGAAUAUGAAGAAUGUUUUUCUCAAGUUGCUUUCAGCCAGUUUAUAGGAGGUGUCGUCGUUUUUUGUGUUUCUUGUUUGCAAUUAACCAUUGUAGAUAUAUUGAGUUUUGAUUUUUUGGCAAUGAUGAUGUAUCUCAUUGCAAUGCUGAGUGAAGUAUAUCUUUACUGCCACUUUGGAACAAUUUUUUAUCACGAGAGUGACACUAUUCGAGAUGCUAUUUAUUUAGGAAAAUGGUAUGAAUUUGACAUAAAGUCCAAAAAAGCGCUGAACAUUUUAAUGGAACGUUUGAAAAAACCUCUGAAUAUUAGAUGUGGAAAAAUUUUGGAUAUGUCACUCGUCACAUUCACAAUGAUACUUCGACGCUCAUAUUCUUUACUAGCUGUUUUGGAAAAUUACAACAUAGAUUUAAAUUAAUUUGUAAUGCUGAAAAAAAAUCAUUAUUUCGAG